UUCUAUAUUUAAACUUUUUUUUUUUCUAAAUCUAAAACAGAUGAGAGACAAAAUAGAAAUGAAGAACUCUCUCAAGUCUCAACUCUCCUCUUUCUUUGCAUAUUUUUAAAACGUUGUAUCUUCCCUUGCUCAUUCUUCCUGCCUUUAGCUAGCCUAAAGAAAGAUAACAGCAUGAAGACAGUUUUUUUCCUCUAUUUCACCAUCUUUCUCUCUGUCCGCACCUCUCUUACUGUUACUGCUGCUCCUCCAAAUGACACAAGUGCUCUUACUCUCUUCCGCCUCCAAACUGACACUCACGGCAACCUCCUCUCCAACUGGACUGGCCAGGACGCCUGUGGUUUCCCCACCUCGUGGCUUGGCGUCGGAUGCUCCGCCUCCGGCCGUGUGGUUUCUCUCUCUUUGCCCUCUCUCUCACUUCGUGGGCCCAUCACUUCACUUUCUCUCCUUGACCAGCUUCGCCUCCUAGACCUCCAUAACAACCGCCUGAAUGGCACCAUUUCUCCACUCACAAACUGCACCCAUCUCAAGCUUCUCUACCUUGCUGGCAAUGACUUUUCAGGUGAAAUUCCACCCGAAAUCUCCUCUCUCAAGCGUCUCCUUCGUCUUGACUUGUCCGACAACAACAUACAUGGCAAGAUCCCCGGACAGUUGACCAAUUUGACCAAGCUGUUAACACUCCGCUUACAAAACAAUGAACUGUCCGGUCAAAUCCCUGAUUUUUCCACGUCAUUUCCAGAUUUAAAAGAGCUGAAUUUGUCCAAUAACGAGCUUUACGGACGGUUACCAGAUAACCUACUGAAGAAAUACAGCGACCGAAGCUUUUCUGGCAAUGAAGGUCUGUGCGGGUCCAGCCCAUUGCCAGUGUGUUCCUUCACAGGCAAUGAACAACCAGUCGAUUCAGAUGAAACAGUACCAUCUAAUCCUAGCUCUAUGCCUCAAACCCCACUCCUUGGCAAAGAUAAAUCUCACUUACAUAAAGGACUAAGCCCUGGUGCUAUAGUGGCAAUUGUGAUGGCAAAUUGUGUAACAUUACUGGUUGUGAUUUCUUUUUUAGUUGCGUAUUACUGUGGUAGAGAUAGAAGUAGUAGUGCAAGUUCAAAAGCGGGUAGUGAGAGUGGAAAGAGGAGGAAGAGUGGGAGUAGUUAUGGGAGUGAAAAGAGAGUGUAUGCAAACGAGGGUGGAGAUAGUGAUGGGACUAAUGCUACAGACAGGAGUAAGCUAGUGUUCUUUGACAGGAAGAAGCAGUUUGAACUUGAGGACCUAUUGCGUGCGUCGGCAGAGAUGCUUGGGAAAGGGAGCUUGGGGACUGUAUAUAAGGCGGUGCUCGAUGAUGGUUGUACAGUGGCUGUCAAGAGGUUGAAGGAUGCAAACCCUUGUGCUAGGAAGGAGUUUGAACAGUAUAUGGAUGUGAUUGGGAAACUUAAGCACCCAAAUAUUGUGAGACUUGCAGCUUACUAUUAUGCCAAGGAAGAGAAGCUUCUCGUUUAUGAUUAUCUUCCUAAUGGGAGUCUCUACUCACUUCUUCAUGGGAAUCGAGGUCCAGGGAGGAUUCCUCUAGAUUGGACUACAAGAAUCAGCUUGGUGUUGGGAGCGGCUAGAGGAUUGGCAAAGAUACAUGAAGAAUAUAGUGCAUCAAAAAUCCCCCAUGGGAACGUGAAAUCUUCCAAUGUGCUCCUUGACAAGAAUGGUGUUGCUUGCAUUUCUGAUUUCGGGUUGUCUCUACUUUUGAACCCAGUCCAUGCCAUUGCAAGACUGGGAGGAUACAGGGCUCCAGAGCAAGCAGAAAUCAAGAGGCUCUCUCAGAAGGCGGAUGUGUAUAGUUUUGGGGUCUUGUUGUUGGAAGUUCUUACAGGCAGAACUCCUUCGGAGUACCCCUCGCCAACACGCCCACGCAUUGAAGACGAGGAGCAAGCAGUAGAUCUUCCUAAGUGGGUGAGAUCAGUCGUUAAGGAAGAGUGGACAUCAGAAGUAUUUGAUCAAGAACUCUUGAGGUAUAAGAACAUUGAAGAAGAACUUGUAUCAAUGCUUCACGUGGGGUUGGCUUGUGUGUUUCCACAACCUGAAAAGAGGCCUACAAUGGCAGAAGUGGCUAAGAUGAUUGAAGACAUUAGGGUGGAGCAGUCUCCUCUGGGGGAGGACUACGAUGAAUCUCGCAAUUCGCUGUCACCUUCCCUCGCAACCACUGAAGAUGGGAUGGCGGGGUAUUGAUGUUCCAUUGCCUAAAACUAGCAAGUGUCGAUUGCUUAAAUUUCUUUGUUGUCCUAUCCUCUGUUUCAUUUGCAGGCAGUAUCUCCUUGUUGCUGGCUUUUCAUAAGACCCUGAGAUUGUAUCAUUUUUCUUUGUAAGAUUUGUAGUCCUUAAUGCCUUGCAUUUUAUCGCUGUUGCAGGUGGGAGGAUUUAAUAUCUCUUGCACCUGUCUGUGAACAAUAUAGUUCUUCCUAGUCUUCUUUAAUGUAAAAUUUAGUUUUCGGCGUUUAAA